CUUUUUUUUACUUUUUUUUUUAAACAACAACUAAAAAAGUCUAUACCUUUAUAAAAAUGUCCACAGCUAGACCCCUUAACGAUGACGAAGUCUUCAAUGAGAUGAAAAAGAUGGUUGCUUUCAUCAAGCAAGAAGCUUUGGAAAAGGCUAGAGAAAUUAAAGUCAAGGCUGAUGAAGAAUUCAACAUUGAAAAGGCAAAGAUUGUUCGUCAAGAGUCUUUAAAUAUUGAAGCAGUGUUUGAGCGCAAGAUUAAGCAAGCCGAAGUUCAAAAGAAGAUUGCACAAUCCAACCAUAUCAACAAGGCUCGUCUCCGAAUCCUCCAAGAACGCCAACAAGUGCUUGAUGAUCUCUUUGAAGAGACAGACGGUCUUAUUCACCAAAUUUCCCAAGAUGGUGAUCAAUACGGUGAAUUACUCGAUGGUCUUAUCCUUCAAGGUGCUUAUGCUUUGAUGGAACAAGACAUCGAAAUCCGUUGUCGUGAAGAGGAUACCGAUGCCGUCAAUGCUUCUGUCGAACGUAUCUCUGGACAAUAUGAGGAAGCCAUGGGUUUCUCUCCCAAUUUCACCGUUAGUGAAUCAUACCUUGCCAGUUCCAGUGCUGGUGGUGUUGUUAUGAGCGGUCACAAUGGUAAGAUCACAGUUGAUAACACUCUCGGUGCUCGUUUGGAUAUCGCCAAGGAAGAGAGAAUGACCAAAGACCUUUCACCACCUGCUACACCACCAACGUAUAGUCCCGUACCUUAUCGACUGAAUGUAGACUCCUCUUCGUUAUGUCCUAGUCAUUCGGAACAAGAUCAACUUUCUCAUCUCAAAACCUCCUUUCACCUCCUAACCGACCUCCAAAAACAAUACUUUUUAUAUGAAAUCAUCAAUAGUUGUGAUAACUCGCAACUCACCUUUUUAAAUAGCCUCAUUGCACCUCGUCUUAAAGUCGAUUUUCUUAAAGAAUUACCACCAGAGAUUGCUCUUCACAUCUUGAGCUACUUGGAUCUACCUUCCUCCUUGGCUCGUGCCAACAGUGUCUCUAAAUAUUGGCAUGCUUUACUACGAGACGAAAACUUAUGGAGAGGUCUCUGUAAAUCACAUCAUUAUCAUGCUCCACCUGUCACCCUUUCUUAUCGAGAUUUCUUCAAACGUAAAUAUUCUAUUGCUUGUGCCUGGAAUGGUGGCGGUAAAGUCACUACUGUGGAUGGUGGCUUUUCUCAUGGUCUAGUCACUUCACUGCAGUUUGAUGAGAAAUACACCGUUGUAGGCUGUGACAACCAUCGUAUUGAAGUCUUUGAUACAAAUUCUGGUAAAAAGAUUAAAACACUGGAAGGUCAUGAAGGAGGUGUUUGGGCAUUACAGUUCAUAGGUGGCACUGAAGCAGACCCCGAACGUAUCCUGCUGUCUGGCGGCUGUGAUCGGGACACUACAUUGCGAGUAUGGGAUAUCAAACGUGGAGUUUUGCUGCAUGUGUUGCUAGGCCACCAAGCGAGUGUGCGGUGCGUAGACAUACAUGAAGAUAUGGCAGUAUCUGGAUCGUAUGAUUCAACGGCCCGUAUUUGGGAUUUAAAAACAGGACAAUGUAAACAUGUGUUGAUUGGGCAUGUAUCACAAAUCUAUACCAUCGUGACAAAUGGACGGAUUAUUGCCACAGGGUCAAUGGAUGCUCAUAUUCGUAUAUGGUCAGUGGAAACUGGUGAAUGUUUAUCAACACUGCAUGGACACACCUCCUUGGUAGGUCAAUUACAACUCUCAGGUACAACUCUUGUGAGUGGUGGAGCAGACGGUUGUCUGCGUGUUUGGGAUACAGAAACAUUCCAAUGCAUACAACAAUUCUCGGCGCAUGAUAAUUCAAUCACCUGCCUUCAGUUUGAUGAUCAACAUAUAUUGAGUGCUGCUAAUGAUGGUAAAGUCAAGUUAUGGGAUAUCAAGCGUGGUAGACUCUUACGUAACUUUACUCAACCUUCCAAAAUCGUUUGGAAAAUUCAAUUUAAUGAUACCAAAGCCGUUGUCUUGAUGCAAAGACAAAGAUCGGAUACUUCAAUAGAAGAAGGGAAAACUGUAAUGGAAAUUCAUGAUUUUGACCUGUCUUCCUCUUCUUCCACCACCACUUUAGAUGAUACCUUGUAGCUAACACAAAAAAAAAAACAAAAAAAUUAUCUCAUGUUUAAUUAUUCUACUAUAUAAUGCCCUUUUUAUACAUGUCAUGUUUUCCC